AUGAUUCGCGCUUCCAUAGUUAAGCGCAUGGCUCCAUGCACCCUCUUUCUCAACAAGGGUAAGGUGAUAUCGUGGAUGUCUGGACGUGGUUUUGGUUUCAUUGAAGACGACGCAGACAAGAAGCAACACUUUGUGCAUUUCUCAGCUCUUCAAACGGAAACGGGGGGCUUUCGUGCACUAACUGUCGGACAGGAAGUUGAGUUCGAGGUUGCUUCGCAGGAUGGCCGCACGCGUGCCGAGAAUGUUACUUCUCCUGGAGGAGCCAAGCUUCCGUCAGGGCCGAGGCCACCAGAGGGAGCAGGACGCGGUCGCGGCUUCGGUGGCGGCCGAGGGGGAAGGGAUUUUGGUGGUGAUCGUAACUCAGGCAGGGGACGUAAUGAUAACCAACAAGGUGGCCAGCACCAGAGCUUCAGCGAUGACUUUUAG